GGCCAGGCGCUGAUUGGCCGAGGCGCGGAGGGGCGUGUCCGAACGGUCUAUGGUAGGCGCGCGGCUUCCCGCGCCGCUCCUCGCCGCGCGGGGCCGGGGCAGGCUACGUCGGACACAGCGGGCAGAUGGCGAACGCGGCGCCGGGCAGCGGGGGCCUCCCCAGCGCGGGGCUCUGGGCCUCCCACAACAGGAUGGUGGUGGAGCCGCUGGACAGCAACGACCCGGAGGUGUACAACAUCAUCAAGAAGGAGAAGCAGCGCCAGAAGCUUGGGCUGGAGUUAAUUGCCUCAGAAAACUUUGCAAGUCGAGCGGUCCUGGAAGCCCUGGGAUCCUGCCUGAACAACAAAUACUCUGAGGGUUACCCUGAACAGAGGUACUACGGCGGGACAGAGUUUGUGGAUGAGCUGGAAAGGCUGUGUCAGAAGAGAGCCCUGGAGGCGUACCGGCUGGACCCCCAGAAGUGGGGCGUCAACGUCCAGCCGUACUCAGGGUCGCCCGCUAACUUUGCGGUGUUCACGGCCCUGGUGGAGCCCCACGGCAGGAUCAUGGGGCUGGACCUGCCCGAUGGGGGCCACCUCACCCACGGCUUCAUGACUGACAAGAAGAAGAUCUCUGCUACCUCUGUCUUCUUUGAGUCCAUGCCCUACAAGGUCAACCCCAAGACUGGUUACAUCGAUUACGAUCGACUAGAGGAGAAUGCCCGCCUGUUUCGCCCCAAGCUGAUCAUAGCAGGCGUCAGCUGCUACUCGCGCAACCUGGACUACGCCCGCAUGCGGAAGAUCGCCGACGCCAACGGCGCCUAUCUCAUGGCCGACAUGGCCCACAUCAGCGGGCUGGUGGCUGCCGGCGUGGUGCCCUCCCCCUUCGACCACUGCGACGUCGUCUCCACCACCACCCACAAGACCCUGCGGGGCUGCAGAGCCGGCAUGAUCUUCUACCGCAAAGGCACCCGCAGCAUGGACCCCAAGACAGGCAAGGAAACGCUCUACAACCUGGAGAGCCUCAUCAACCAGGCAGUCUUCCCCGGGCUGCAGGGAGGGCCGCACAACCACGCCAUCGCGGGGAUCGCCGUGGCGCUGCGGCAGGCCAUGACGCUCGAGUUCAGGGCCUACCAGCAGCAGGUGGUCGCGAACUGCAAGGCGCUCUCGGCAGCCCUGAUAGAGCUGGGCUACGACAUCGUCACGGGGGGCUCUGACAACCACCUGAUUCUCCUGGACCUGCGUAGCAAAGGCACAGACGGCGGCCGGGCCGAGCAGGUGCUCGAGAUCUGCUCCAUCGCCUGCAACAAGAACACUUGUCCCGGCGACGUCAGCGCCCUGCGCCCCAGCGGCCUGCGGUUCGGGACGCCGGCUCUGACCUCCCGGGGCUUCCAGCAGGACGACUUCUGCCAGGUGGCUCGGUACAUCCACAGAGGGAUCGAGCUGACUCUGCGCGUACAGAGCGACAUGAGCCCCAAGGCCACGCUGAAGGAGUUCAAGCAGAAACUACAAGAGGAGAAAUACCAGGGGGACCUCAAGGCACUCAAGGAGGAGGUGGAGGCCUUCGCGUCAACCUUCCCACUCCCGGGGCUGCCUGUCCUGUAACGGGAGGCAGCGGUGCCCAGUCCCAGAGCCAGGACAGCCCUGGGAUUGCGGCUCGUUCCCAGCCCGCUGCCCAGGCCCUCCCAGCGGGCUCCCAGCACCUCCCUGCUGGCACUGGUUUCUGGGCAGCUGCUGGUCCUAGUUUGGCUCUUACUCACCUCUCCCCUCACGUUAGGGACACAGGAUCCCCCCAGAGCACAGCCCUCGGGGGGGAUACCAGCCUUUUAACCACUAAACAUUACAACCGCGAUAACACGGCUUCUGUUAGGGGACUGGGCAGGUGACCCUCACCUUAUGGCCAGGUUUCGGUUUGAUCCAGCUCUCACCACCCGUGGGAGCGGCAUAUGUGGUUACACAAGCCUACACAGCGCAGCAACGUUCACAGAGAUGCCCCUGGGACGGCCGCUCGGGUUCGUGUCCCGCAGGAGCCGUUUGCCCCGGGGCCACACGCACUGUGGGCAAUCGCACAAGCGGCUUCGCAGCCUCAAAAAGCCUUGCUGGCUUCAGCCUCGAAGACUCGCUUUCUGGGGCACCCGAACGCGGGCGGCUCUGCCUUGGUGCCUUGCAGGCUCCACGUGCUUUUACACGGUCAAGCCACAUGAGGGGGAGUCUCCGGUGCUUCGUCCUGAAUCCACACAACAGCCCUCUCCAGGGAUUGGUCUUCCAGCUCCAUCAGUGUUAUCAGCCCACAUCUCCAGUCCCUUUUCAGGCACCUGAAGCACAAAGCUUAGGUAGAACCAUUUUUUAAUAAGCACAGUAAAAUUAAGAAUUUAACCACAAUGUAUGACAAGAAUUAUAAGCUUUAAAAAAUACAACCAAUUUUUUGUAUUUCAAAAAUAUCUGAACCCAAAUAAAUAAUUUUUUUAAAAGUA